AUGGAAGACGAAAGCCCAAACCCUCUUCGCCGAAUGUCAAGCCGAACUCGGAAGGUUGCACCGAAAAUGGUUGCUGCUCUUGCUAGUAGUGACAAUCGCACGCAGGCUGCGCUUGCUCGCCUCGAAGCUUUGGAGAAUGAUAAUGCAGGAUUUGAGACUGUAGAAGCUAUUGACGACGAUGAAGCUUCUCUAGACGAUGAAGAUCAAGUGUAUAUACAAAAAAAGCAGUCAAAGGGCACAAAAAGGACAACCCGGCAGGCAAAGGCACUUGAAGCAAGGAAGGCCCCAAGAACUUUCCUUGAGCUCUUACACGAGGCAAACCUAGAGUCAUUACCUCCACAUGUUCCAUCUUAUUGGAAAGCAGCAGUCGGACCUCCAAGCUCAACCUGCCGUCGCCAUUUUUGUACAGUUUGUGGGUUUUCUGCCAAUUAUACUUGUGUUAGAUGUGGUAUGCGCUUCUGUUCAUAUCGUUGUCAAAAUGUACACAAUGAUACUCGUUGCUUGAAAUUUGUAGCUUGAUACAUGAGACAUUUCGGCUUGGCUAGAAAAAUGUAUUAUUCAUAUAACGUCAGAUCAGAGGCACUGUGUUAAAUAUCUCAAGAAGUUUGCUAAAUUCCACAAUGGUUUUUACUUGUUUUUCCCGAAAGCAAGGUCCUUACUGAACUCCCCGCCCCAACUCUCCAGUUAAACCAACCCCCCCCC